AUGAUCAAGCAGCUGUCUCCGUUAGGUCAAACCACUCUCCUCGACAUUUUUAAUGAUCUCUGGUUGAAGCACGACUUCCCAGCGGAAUGGAGACAUAGUAUUGUGAUCCCCAUCCCCAAAGUCGGCCUGAACAGCUGCUCCGUGAAAGGAUACCGACCAAUAUCCUUGACCUCCUGUACGUCCAAGACCCUAGAGAGGAUGGCGAAUCGACGGCUCGUCACCUACCUGACCGAAAACAAGAAGUUGGACUGCCGACAGUUUGCCUUUCGACCGGGGAUGGGCACAAACACGUAUUUCGCAUCCCUUGGAGAGGUGGUAGCUGAGGCCAGAAAAAAUCGACAGCAUCUGGAGAUGGUAGCCCUGGAUCUAGAGAAGGCGUACAACCGAACCUGGAUUCCAUUAGUUCUUAAAACACUGGCUGACUGGGGGGUAGACGGCAACCUGCUGCACUUUGUUCAAAACUUCGCGACAAACCGGACCUUUGAGGUAAAAGUCGGGAACACCAGCUCCAGGCGUUUUCAUGAAGAAACUGGUGUACCUCAAGGUUCCGUCUUAGCCGUCACCCUCUUCCUGAUAGCGAUGAACAGCCUGUUCCGGGUUAUACCGAAGGGAGUAUGCGUAUUCACGUAUGCGGACGACAUCCUUUUGGUAGUGGUGGGGAACACGCACAGGGCACCACGCAUCAAGAUCCAGGCAGCUACCAAUGCUAUCGGUAAAUGGGCUGUCGAACGAGGUUUUCGACUUUCGGCGCAAAAGAGUGGUCACAUGGUGGUAUGCAGUCACAAACACCAAGGUUGCAAUUCGGGAGUCAAAAUCUACAACGACCGCAUUCCCCGCCGUAGAACGUUGAGAAUCCUGGGAGUGGUGGUCGAUUGCAACCUGAACUUCCAGCACCAUUUCGACGAGCUGAAGAAAAGCUGUGCCACCCGGUUAAACCUCUUAAAAACCAUCUCCAAACCUCACCGGAGUAACAACCGAACGAUCCGUUUACGGGUGGCCAAAGCCAUCAUCAAUAGCCGCCUCACCUACGGUCUCGAAGUGACAUGCUUGGCCAGAGAUAAACUCCUAAAAACUCUAUCACCGAUUUACAACAAUGCACUACGGAUUAUCUCUGGUCUGCUACCAUCAACACCAGCAGCCUCGGUAUGCGCCGAAAUAGGAGAACCUCCGUUUGACAUUUUUGUGGACGCGGCGAUAGUUUCCAGAACUGCGAGCUUUCUCGCUAAAACCAGCGGAGGUAAGGAGACACACCUGACUGUUUUAACGAACGAAAUCUUGCAGCAGGUGACACACUCAAACCUCCCAUCGAUAGCUAAACAACUUUGGUUUGGGACUAACGACUGGAGGUUGCCGGUGGUCCAAGUGGAUGAUACAAUCAGGAACAACUUUCGAGCUGGGGCAAGCUCUGUGGGUCUGGAGCAAACCUUUGUCGAACUUGUCUCAAGAAAAUAUCACAAUUAUGAAAUUCGCUACACGGACGGUUCCAAAGGGAUGCAAGGAGUUGGUUUCGGGGUAAGCGGUCAUAAUAACUCUCUUGUUUCCAGCAAGAAGCUCGUCGACAUUUGCCAGGUUUUCUCGGCCGAAGCUGCCGGAAUAUUUGAAGCUGCCACUAUACCGUCAAGCAAAUCGAUCCUGAUAGUUACCGACUCGGCUAGCGUCAUCGAUGGCGUUGGCGCGGCUAUAACUAGGCACCCAUGGAUACAAGCUAUCAGGAGGUAUCUGCUGCCGGAUACAGUCCUCAUGUGGGUCUCCGGACAUAGUGGCAUAGCCGGCAAUGAAGCGGCCGACCGUUUUGCUGGAAUCGGUCACCUUGGACAACUUUUGACGCGCAAAGUACCGCUAGACGACAUCAGACUAUGGAUCGCCAACACAUUCAAAACUUUUUGGGCGGAAAAAUGGUCCGUUGAAGCGACGUUGUUCCUCCGGAGAAUCAAAGGAUCCAUCACCAGAUUCGAAGACGUCAAAACGAUGAGAGAGCAACGAAUCUUAUCCAGGUUAAGAACCGGCCACUGCAACAUGUCACACAACUUCAACAGAGGACCCUUUCAUCCCCUUUGUGACUUGUGCGAGGUUCGCAAUUCAGUCGAACACAUCCUCUGUAUUUGCCCAAACUAUGAGAACCUCCGGAACUCACACGGGAUCAGCGGGAGCAUUCGAGAUGUGCUUGGCGACGACCCUUCACAAACUACUGCACUGCUCUGUUUUUUGAAAGAUGCCGAUCUGUACUUUAAAAUUUGA